UGUGUGCGACCAACAAAAUUAUAUCCAAAUUAAAGAAGAUUGUUCGACCGGAGUGGCCGGACUAUUCGCUGCUGGAGACGUGGCUCGUUCGCACGAAAAAAAAAUUAAACAAAUUGUUACAGCAGUAGCCGAAGGGGCGAUAGCUGCUCAAUCG